AUUAACUGCCAGGUUUGCAGUUGUGUUAGAGCGUGGAAAUCAGCACCCUUUUACACUUCAUCAAAAUAAACCUGAUUCCACUUGCAUUUGCAAAUCCAUCCCAUUUGAUCUGCCUGUGGCAACGUGAUUGGGAGAUGUUUAGGUGUGGACACAAAGCAGGAGCUCAUAAGUGAAAGACAGAGGCCUUAAUUGGUCAGGCUGUUUGCAAGGACUUACACGUGCACGGAGAACAAGCUGGAGUAUUUCAGACCAGCAGCUUCAAGAGGGUGUUGAUCACAAGACAACCUGAAAUGUCAACCACCUCCCAGAAGCACAGAGACUUCGUGGCUGAACCCAUGGGGGACAAACCCGUCACCGCUCUGUCUGGGAUUGGGGAGGUGCUGGGGAAGAAGCUGGAGGAGCAAGGCUUUGAUAAAGCGUUCGUGGUGUUGGGUCAGUUCCUGCUGUUGAGGAAGGAUCGUGAGCUGUUUGCUGAGUGGCUGAAGGACACCAGUGGAGCAAACGCACGUCAGGCCGCUUCCUGCUCGCAGUGUCUGACCGAGUGGUGCGAUGCCUUCCUCUGAGCUUGGCGGCCUUCUCUGGAACACCUUUAAAAAAAACAAACUGUUGCGGAAGUGUUUUCUCAGUGUGUCUGGAGCUUUCAUUGUUCAGGAGAAUGUAGAUAUGUGGAUGUGUAGUAAGUGGUGUGUCACUUUUUAGAAGAAUGUCUGACGUGCAGUUGGCGUGUAAUGGCUUGUUGAUGUUUGCUAAUUAUUGACUGGUAACGGUACCUGAUAGAAUUGUCUGUAGUUUAAAGUAUUAUUACGUGUUUGUGUCCUAUCCAUGCUUCUAAAGAGACGGAAAUAAAGUUGUGGCUUUAUUUAAA